UCAUCGUCGCCGCAAGUAAUGGCCUCAAGACCCACCGUCAAUGUCCGAUCUGCCUCUGGAGAGGCUUCAACCUCUCUUCCUUUACCUGCGGUCCUUACCGCCCCGAUUCGACUCGAUGUCGUUUCGCAAGUCCACAAAAGUCUAGCCAAGAACAAAAGACAGGCAUACGCUGUGAGCGAAAAAGCGGGACACCAAACUUCCGCCGAGUCUUGGGGGACGGGUCGUGCUGUCGCACGUAUUCCCCGUGUUGGUGGUGGAGGGACGCACCGCUCUGGCCAGGCUGCUUUCGGUAACAUGUGCCGUGGUGGACGUAUGUUUGCCCCUACCAAAACCUGGCGCAAGUGGCAUGUCAAGGUCAACCAGAAUCAACGUCGUUUUGCGACUGUCUCUGCCCUUGCUGCUUCCGCCCUUCCUUCUCUCGUUCUUGCUCGUGGACACCGCAUUGAGCAAAUUGAAGAAGUCCCUCUUGUCAUUACCUCUGAGGCGGAAUCUUUCAAGAAGACCAAGGAAGCUGUCACUUUGCUCAAGGGUCUCCACGCCUACCAGGAUGUUGUGAAAGUUUCCAACUCUCGUAAACUUCGUGCAGGAAAGGGUAAACUGAGGAAUCGUAGACACCGUCAGCGACGUGGUCCUCUUGUUGUUUACAACGAGGAUAACGGUAUUGUAAAAGCUUUCCGUAAUCUACCUGGUGUCGAGGUCGUGAACGUCAGGAGAUUGAACCUCCUCCAACUCGCACCUGGGGGUCAUCUUGGCCGUUUCGUCAUCUGGACUGAAGGUGCAUUUGGGCUGCUCGACGAAGUAUUUGGAACUUUCGACAAGGCUUCUGCUUACAAAAAGGAUUAUGUGUUGCCUACCGCCAAAAUCUCCAAUCCCGACGUUACUCGUCUUAUCAACUCUACCGAAAUUCAGUCCAUUGUCCGUCCCGCCGGUCAGAAGACUCAGAAACGUCCCUGGACCCAGAAGAAGAACCCUCUUCGUAACAAGGCCGUUCUCUUCCGCCUCAAUCCCUACGCCAAGACCAUUCGCAGGCAUGAACUGCUCAAACAAGAGCGUCUGAAGCAAAAGCCCGUCAAGAAGGUUCAGGCUUCCGCUGCAGGCGACGCUUUCCUUUCCACCCUGCACGCUCCCUAAACCAUUGUGUAGUUGUUCAAUUUGGUGGUAGUUCGAAAUAUGUUCAUGUUCUUCGCUUAUGUCCCCAUGUAUUCAAUUUAUGGUUGACUGUCGUAUUUGGUGAAUCAGCGCA